AUGGGAGAUGACGCACAAGAGAUGGUGAGUGCCCGUCGGUCACCCGUGCUGGGGGAUGCUCCACGUACAGCUGACAUCAUGGGCUUCAGAGACCUCAAGACCAGCGCCGGCCUCCAGGUCCUCAACAAUUACCUCGUGGACAAGAGCUACAUCAAGGGGUAUGUGCCGUCGCAAGCAGACGUGGAAAAGGCCAGCCUUCCAGGAGUGAAGAAAUUAUUGGGCAAAUACGGCCCUGUUGAUGUGGAAGACACCACAGGAACUGGGGCUGCAGACAGUAAAGAUGACUAUGACAUUGAUCUCUUUGGAUCUAAUGGUGAGGAGGAAAGCGAGGAAGCAAAGAAGCUAAGAGAAGAGUGUCUUGCUCAGUAUGAGUCAAAGAAAGCCAAAAAACCUGCACUAGUUGCCAAGUCAUCUAUCUUAAUAGAUGUGAAGCCGUGGGAUGAUGAAACUGACAUGGCAAAACUAGAAGAAUGUGUCAGAGGUAUUCAGGCAGACGGCUUGGUGUGGGGCUCUUCCAAGCUAGUACCUGUGGCAUAUGGUAUUAAGAAGCUUCAGAUACAGAGUGUAGUUGAAGAUGAUAAAGUUUACACAGAUAUGCUGGAAUUAAAAAUAACUGCUUCUGAAGACUAUGUGCAGUCCAUGGACAUAUAA